AUUUAACUCUAUCGAUGGCUUAGAAAUUAUCUUUUAGAACAGGAAAUGCUCUCCAAUUCUCUAUUUUUCUCUAUGAAAUCCAUCCCUUUUCCUGGAAAAUAACCAGCCAUAGCCUUGUCGGAGUUGCCAUUUUCAACAGGCCUGAUGCCUCUCAAAGAUAAUUUAUCCUGCACAAAACAAUUGCAGAGUGAUGCAGGACAGAGGCAUUUCGUGUUAGUCCAUGGAGCCUGUCAUGGAGCAUGGUGCUGGUACAAAGUUUCCGCUCUCUUGAAAUCAGCAGGUUAUAGUGUUACCGCUCUGGACAUGGCUGCUUCUGGGGUGCACCCAAAGCAAGUUCAUGAGCUCCACUCGUUCUUGGACUACUUUGAGCCCUUGAUGGAAUUCAUGGAGUCUCUGCCACCAGAAGAGAGGGUGGUACUAGUUGGCCACAGCAUGGGAGGCAUUGGCGUAUCUGUCGCCAUCGAAAAGUUCCCUGAGAAAAUUUCUGCUGGAGUCUUUGUUGCCGCAGCUAUGCCUGGUCCUGAUUUUGAUUACAAAACUAUAGCACAAAAGUAUCCCAAAGAAUCAUUUUCGCCCAUGGACUCAAAAUAUAUCUAUGACAAUGGACCCAACAACCCUCCAACUGCCACAGUCAUUGGUCCCAACUUCAUGGCUUCCAAGUUCUAUCACUUUUCUUCCCCUGAGAAUUUGGUACUGGCAACACUUUUGGUGCGACCUUAUCCUCUUUUCAGUGAUCUAGCAAUUCAUAAUGAAAUACUGCCUACUAAAGAGAGAUAUGGAUCUGUUCAUCGAGUUUAUAUAGUUUGUGAUCAAGAAAAUGAUGUUUUCCAGAGAUUGAUGAUUGAAAAUAAUCCUCCUGACGAGGUAAAGGUAAUCCCCGACUCUGAUCACAUGGUCAUGUUUUCUAAACCUCAUGAUCUGUGUUCUUCCCUCAUGGAGAUUGGAGAUAAAUACCAUUCAACUUAACUACCACUUGCUCAUAUGACUAGCGAAUAUGUUAGUAAGAUUAAAUAAAUUAGGUGAACUACAUAAAUUUUGUUUUGUAUUUUGUUUAGUUCUUUCUGUAUCAUUUAUGCAGAUUAAAUAAUUUUGAUAAAUAAGACAUUAGAUAUAUUCUAAGAA